UUCAUGUCACUAUCUAUAUCUGGUUUCUUGUGCCCUUUAUGAAGCAGAUAGUCUGCACUAAUUAGUCUUCUUUAUGUUAACAAAAGCCCUUUUCAGUACACAUGUGUAUGGAGUCACUGUAGAUACCAGUCGUAUGCAAAGCCAUUUUUUCAAAGAAGUCUUAUGCGAUUGGAGCCAUGUUCAAAGAUUGUACUUACACAUAGUUCUAUGGCAAAUAUAUGAGAAAAGGGCAUUGCAUUUUUUUUUAGAAAGUGCAUGCAUACUUUGUGUUGAAGUAGUGUCACCUUAUAUUGCUAGAAAGUAUUGUUUGUUAUUUAUUAUUUUUAUCCUGCCUUGAAAGAGUAAUUUUGAUUUGUCACUCAACUUAUGUACUUAUAAAUGUAAAAUUACAGGCUCCUUUAUGCAUUUGCCUUAGAUGACUCUUUGGUGAAAGCUAACUUCUUUUCCUUCGCAGUUAAUUUAGUAAUACUUGUGAUAGUAUAGAAAGUUGGGCAAGUUGGUUUCAGGACAUUAUUGGAAACAUUUUGGCGAGCACACAAUAGACAAAAAAUGAAAGGCCAGAAGACAUAUGGGUGCGAACUCACAACUCUUUUCGUUUUGAGCCAUACUUGACUUUUAUAUUCUGCUGCACGUUGUAAUACCACUUAUGUAAAAAAUCGCUGCCAUGGUGUGUUUUUGUUUAUUUUUCUUUAGUUUUUCUUGCUUGUUUCAUUUUUAUGCACACUCAUCGUUGGGCUACCCUAGAUAUUGUGUACUUUCUUUAAUCAAAUAAGUUUUGACUUUGCACCCGUUUGGCUUCUCACUUUUCGUUUUUUUUUUUUAAUCUAUUUUGUGCGCAGUGAAAUGUUUCCAAUAGUAUUAUACUUCUCGUGUCCGACAGAAUCCCGUCUGGUCGGGGACAAACAUAGUGCAAAAUAACAAAAACACUGUGAACAAGGCCCGUGUCGGGAGCCGAAACGUCUUUUUAAGUUUUGUGUAUUUCACCUUGGUCGGCGUUUUUGUUAUUUUGCAGUAUUAUACUUCCCCCACGACCACCACCCGUUGAAAGCUUUCUGCACCUGAAGUGGUACUGCACUACUACCUCCUUGAUUGGCUCCACCUUUGAACUAGCAAUGAUGUCAUGUGAUAACAAAUUUUGGUCAACUGUGAUUUCAUAUGGUGAUGUUAUCAUAUGAUGAUGUUUUUUUUUAAUUAUUCAGGUUGGCACCGGCGGUACCUAUUGGCAUUUGAUGACAUGUCUAAGGCCUUCGCCUCAAUAACAGACAUCCUAAUUCCACAUAGGGGUUCAUGUUGCCUUCCCAUUGUAGCCCACAGACAUAAAAUAAGCACAAUUACGCAUGUAAUGAAGUUCAGGGUUCAAUGGAAGCCCAUCUAGUCUUUUUUUGUGUGUGAACAAGGCCUUCAUAGUGGGGCCAGAAUGAAAUUUCUGUUUUUAUUUGAACAAUUGGUCAGUGCUUACUGAUUUCUGCAAAUUAUGUGCAUAGAGAUCACAUCUGCAGUUUUGUUGUCUUUUGUGGUGCAAAAAUCUGACCUCUAUAUAAUGAGUACUGAUAUAAAAAAUCUUUGUUUAUGCUGAAGGAAAUGGAGAUUAUCAUUGCCAUUAAUACUGUCAUAUGAAGAAAAGAAUUACAACAAAUGUACAACAAAGCUAUUUCCAUGUGACAUGUCACUUCAUUAUAAUGAGUGAACAGCAGAGGGGUUAUAACUUGAGGGCUCGUUUAUUUUGUUAGACAUAACAUCAUAAAAUCAACAGACAAUAAAGCGAGGGAUGGUAUGAAAGACCUUACUCAGCUUAGUCUAGAGGAGCUACUUAGGAAAAUGCAAGUGUGGGCAUUUAUACGACACUUAUUCAUCAGAUUGAUCUUGAUAAAUAUUAUUGUGAAGCUCCAUUGAACUACAUGAGGACACACAAUCCAACUAUGAGAUGAGAUGCAUCCAAGGAGAACUCACUGCAAGUUCAUUGUUCACAGCCACCUUUCAAUAGUCUGGCAGGUUGUGCAGUUUUUCAACUUAUUGUGUUGUUAAGAGAUAUGCAAUUGGUUCUAAAAGUGAUCCUUAGAUUGUCGAAACAGUUACAGCUAAGUAGCUGUAAAAUUGAAAAAAAAAAAAGUACCAUCUAUUCAUUCUUUUCACUGUACUAUUUGGACGAGUAUGUCUACUAAAAGUCCAUGCAGUAUUGGACUGCUUAUCUUGUGUAUGUGAGCUUUUAUCAAAGAGUAGGAUAUCGGUGAGCUUGUGCUGCCAAAUCGCGACUACUUAGAAUUCGGCAGCAGGAUAUAAUACUGCAACCAUUUUCUAAUUAGAACCGCAGCUAUCUUAGACAGUUCGCUAUAGCUGACAGGUUCUACACUCGUUGACAAUGUAUCUUGACAUUGUAGCGAAAGUACGGGGCCAAGCUUCUGCACGCACGUGUUUUUCUACAAUUAGUUCAGCAGGUUGUGGCUGAUUUUAGUUUUGCUAAGUCGCAUUGGUAAUGCAUUUAGAAAAUUCUAUACAUGAAAAUGUGAAUGGAAGAAAUGUUUAGAUGGCUUAGUGUACAUUUAGGUGUCAUAAUAUGAUUAUAUUUUUUUGGAGGGCUAGUCCUUUGUGGCAGAGCACAGAGCCACUUGUGCAUGGAUGUCAUGUUUCGUUUGGUAAACGGGUAUGAUGAAAAGGUGGUACUGUCUGAUUUUCAUAAAAUGGAAAGAAAAGGAAGGCAUACUUACCAAGUGAACAGUAGCUGUACUUUACUUGUGACUUCUUGCAACUGUUUUAGUGUCGUAAUAAAUAAGGCAGCAUUUAUUUGAGCUAGGCAGACUCAUGAAAUCAUUAGUAAACUUACGUAUAAUGUUUUGACAUGAUAGCAGGCAGGCGGUUUGAUUCUGCAGUUUUCACUAUGCUGUGAAGAAAAGUUGCCGCCAAGUAUUGUUCUGUCAUUUACUUGAUUGACACCUCAUGAUAUAAUCUGCAAUAUACAAUCAUUGCAUCUGUGCUUAGCCCCAUCCCAACAAAUAUAUGGUCUAUUUCUGAUAGUAACCAUUUUUACCAGUAAGUAAGAGCGCCCAACAUGUGUGGGUGUUAAAAAAACUCAGCUAUAUGUUUCAUAGAUGAAAUAAAAAGUGCAAAUGUAUGACAUUGGCCAAUUAAUAAUUGUAGUACAUUGUUUAAGGCUGAAGGCCACACAUGGUAUAGUUUAUUCAGAGACAAAGACUACACUUUUUUUGAGGGUUUGGCCAUAUAAUGCAUAGCAGAAGAGCUUCUGAAUGUUUGACAAGACUUGUAGUGUUUGUGUGCUGAGGUCUGGAGCCUGUGUCGAAAGUAUGCGUGUCAAAGGUUCAAGAGAAGCACGACUGUGUGGUACUGCUCACUUUUCUGGGACUUAGAAAGCCAGAUGAGCUGUGGUCAAAACUGCUGAGAACAGUUUGAUCAAAGAGCUACUUGUUACUCGCACGGUAACUUUUAAAUUUAUUUGCAAAGAGUGUGCAGUAGGACGCACUAUCAUUCCUCUUGUUUAUUUCAUUUCUUCUUGUGUCACUGACUCGGUCUUUUUUUCUUGUUUCUUCGCAGGCUUGUGUGGUGACUGUAUACAUCAGUGCACAUUGGCACAUCUCUCAGAAGCCGCAGAGUGCUUUAUUCAUGCUUCCGUGCAGAUGCAACGAGGUGCUUCAGCGCCUUCUUAGACAUGUUCGCAUCCCCGCUACAGUCCCACGACUCACCCAUAAAUACCGCAACUAUUUAACUAAACGCCGAUCGCACAGAGUGGGCAAUUCUGCGCCUCGAGAAAGUAGAUGUGGCCACGCGGAAGUUAAUCAUGGGCUAAACACGGGGUGGCUACAGCAGUUGGGUCCUGGUCGCCUUCUACACCAUUUGGCAAGAUAUCCAUCAGAAAGGAAGCUGGUUGCCAUGAGAAAGCAAUGCCUGGCGAUGAUGGCGGCCUUCAAGGCAACGAGAUACUUCAUCUCCUCUGCAUUAUUGAUAAUGGUACUGCUGGCAAACAGCAAAAGUGAGGGUGUGGAAGAUUUGUACCAUCAGCAUCAGAGUAUUGUGCAGCUCAUCCAUAGCAUGAAUGGAGUCGAAUGCAAACCACAUAGCCUGCCAGAAAGACCACUUCUAACAACACUGUGUGACAAUGACUCUCAUCACCUGCUUCUCGCUACCGGAUCAGUUCUUCUACAGUCCUCUAGAGUCUGCACUCAAGGCAAAGACAUGAGGUCUGCCCCAAACUAUUCUUGGUGCCCGCGUCUCGCACGGGCAGUCCGCCCUGCUUUGUUCAAAAGUUGUCAUAAACAUUUAGAUGGCAUGGACAAGCGGAAUCCCACACUUGAAUUUCAGCUCUUCAAUCAUGCCCUCAAUAUACUCAGCUCUGUGGCUGUAGCUUCGACGUGUGCCUGUAAUCGGACCAAUUUAUACGUCUCUGUUUCUGCGCACCUCCUCUCUUGCUCGGACUCGGUGCUGACGGCAGGAUUUUUAGAGGUUUGCCUUAUUGCAAUCCUUGGCUGCAAGUUGAAGUCUAUGUGCUGGAGGAGUGUGAAGAUGAAAUGGCGGCUGCUUUUGAGAUUCUGGAAUGUGCAUGAGAUGAUCUUCUUUUUGUGUGGGACAUGCUACUGCAUUAGCCAAUUCUUCCGGGCAAAUCAGCGAUGCUACGUCUUGUCUCACCUGGGCAGCGAUGAGGACUUGUCUGCAUCAAUUGAAGCGCUCUCCGUGACGGACAGUGUUUGCCGUAUUUUACUUGCAUUUGUGCUGUUCUUGGCGAUUCUUGGAGUCCUUCGAGGUCUCUACGCAAGCAGGCGUAAGCACGUGUUUCCUGCGCUGUUGCAGCUCAGGACAUACCGGAAACAACUAGUAUAUGUUAUGCUCUGCUGGUUAUUAUAUGUUGUGUCAUCAUCCUGGCUGCUGCAACCAAAACAAGGACAUGAAAGAGGCCUACUUCGUGCCACUCUCGCUGCAACACGGCACCUCCUGGGAAUGCCCUAUUUAGUUUCGGAAAACACUGGAGAGUCUGUGGGGAACAGCCACAUUGUCAGCUUAAUCGGGAUGCUCACAGCACUAUUCAGUGGAGCUCUGCUAUCAGCUUUGGUGGCACGGUUUCUCCUGCAACAAAACCUUCGUCAUGACCAGACAUAUCCAGGGAUGUUGUUCCAUGAAUACCUCCGCUACCUUAGAACCAAGGCUCGCAUUCUGCACGGUCAUGCUUUCAACAGAAGCUCCUCAAAAAGUAAAUCUCAUCCAAGCCAGCCAGACACGUUGAAACUGCUGCUGGAGCUGGAGCGGCUGGCCACAGAGAUGGAAGAAAGAGCAGACCGCUUGUUUGUCGUGCCAGAAGAGGAAAAGAUUGAACGUUGGCUUUCCCAGCAUCUGAGGGCUUCACGUCUCCAUUAAUUCUGAAGCUGCUGAUGUCCAGAACAGCUACUGAAGAUCUAUCAAUUUCACCUCUCCUGGUGCUCCAGCCCACUAUUCCACUUUGCCAUUGGAAACAAAGAUUUAGAAAGUCAUAGCUUAAUGUUGCGAGCUGCAACAGAAAGAAAAGGGCAUAGGUGGACCUUUUGACACACACCAAUUGCUACGAUGACAAGAAAUUAGGACAUGCUGUUCAUAACAUUAGUGAGAAUUAAUGAAAACCAUUAUUAUGAAAACUCUCAUAAAAUACACAUGCGUAAGUUUAAAUAUUAAAUUUUUCGUUGCAAGUAUGACAUCACACAAUCUUCAUGUACCAAUUGUGUUACGCAUUUGCAGAAAAUGUGCUGCAAGUUAUAAGUUAGGUUCAGUGGCAUUCAGCAAUGUACAUUAUGCCGCCAUCCCUUUUUGCAAGUACAUGUGCAGGACGCACAGCUUUUUUUUCUUUUUCUCUUACUGAACCAACCAUAUAAGGAAUUUCAUUGUAAUAAUAAUAAAUACUUUUUUCAUGA